UUGGGGUUUGGGGUUUUUUUUGGUGGGUUUUGCUUGGGUUUGUCCCCUUUUCCAAGUUCUAGUCGCCCACUGGUUUUAUUCCCGUAAGGUGGGAAGGCUAGGAGUGUCAAACGCAAGGCUAUCUAUCCUGAUGCCUUCCAGCACUAAAUGCUUAAGCUCAGUUUGACAUUUUGAACACAGAGCUCUUGGCAGAUUAUUUCUCUACCGACAAUUAAUUUAAAAAGAGUAACCAUCAUGACAGGCGAUGCAAAAUGUAUGCUACCGAAUCUCAGUCCUGCUAAUUUGCAGCAAUUCAUGGGGAAAAACCAGCAUAUGGCAUUAGCUGACAAGAUUUAUAUUUCUGAUUGAUUUCCGUUAACUUCAUGCUUCCCUUAGGCAGAUGAGGAUUAUAUAGCUCUGCCUUCAAGAAGGAAGGCAUUCAUUAAUUACAUUCAUUAAUUACACAGACACUGCUGAAUGGCAUUCUCAAAUGUGGAGAAAUGCAAAACGUUCAGUCACAUGUAUUUAUUUGUAAUAAAAAUACAAAGCCUUUAGCCAAUGAUUUAAAGAAAAGACUUAACUGGACUAUCAGCCUAAAUAGCCAAGUGUAACAGGAGGGAAGUUCACAGCUUAACAUUUUAGUAAGCCAUCAACCUAAACCCAGUACCUGAAGCAGAGGCCAGCACACAACAAAAAUGCCACUAAAUGCAUACAAACUUCUACUAAAGAUACAGACAAAUAAAGAAAAACUGAAGUAAUGAAAUUUUAUAUAAAGUGUUAAGACUUUGUUUUAUUAGCAUAUUUUUCCUGUUGUCCCUUUGUCUAGUUUUUGUAAGGACAGCCUGCACAGCUGUAGAUGGCAAAGCUGGCCACAAUUCUUCUGUUGUGACAAAUUGGCAGGGGUGGGCUGAAGUUGAUUUUCUUCACGCAUCAUUCUGCUUUUUCAUGAAAACCACUGCAGAAGGGAGAAAAUAAUCACAAAACAGAGAGCGUGGUUUCUCUUGUAUCUGUUCGUACUUGCAGUCUUGCUGUUGUGGAAGCGCAGGCCUUAAAUGCUGCUCUGGUCAUCAGUUUAGGGGGAGGUUCAAAAGCUGUGCCCUGAAGCAAGUCAGUCCGAGUUAUUGAAAAGAAAUUAGAGAGCAAGAUGAGGAAGGAAAACAGAUACGGAAAUAUUAAAGGAUGGAUGAAGGAGGAGAUUUGAGCAGGAAGGCAGGAAAACCGUUGCUCUCUCUUCAGGCCACUGCUUGGUGUUGGAUUCAGGUUCUCUCUCUUUAGACAGCUUGGAGCAUGUUUAUAUAGUUCCCUUACAGGGAGUGGGCUACAGUGAUGGAGGUCUACUUUCUUCUACAGCCGAGAGCAUCCACAUGAGACUAUUGCACCAUAAGACUAACUGAUCCUUUAAAAUACAGACUGAAAUGCAACAAAUUGGGAGUAUUCUGAUUAAGAUCAGUUCUUGGGGACUUUUUUAAAGGGUUUUUUUGUUUUGGUUUUUUUUUUUUCAUUUUGGAGCUGGCAGCCUCACAAAUCUGAGGGAGAAAGAGGAAAGUCUUUUGAGGAAAUCCUUUAAUUGUUUGCCUUUAAAAAGAUGCUUUCAUAUAAAAGACUCAUCACCAUUAUAAAACUUGUAAUUAAUGGCAUCUCUGAAACAACCUACUGGUAACCUUUGCUUUGCUCUGCAAUGCCAGAGCCCUACUACAAAAUGUUAAGAUUCAAUGGAAGAACCUUAAAUGGGAGUAGAUUGCUGUGUGUUUAUCUUCAAGGCAGAGGGAAGGAGAUGUUAAAAGGCUGCACAUUUAACUUUUAGCUCUACCAGCUAUCCAGCUAACUGGUUGUUUCUCACUGGAUAUGUUUAUAGCACUCUCCUGAAUGGGUCUCUUGAUAGCUUCUUUCUUAAAUACCACUUCUUUUGGACUUCAGAGGCUCUUUGGGCAGGGGCAAGGCACGCGUUCAUGGUCACACAACAGCAUGUCGACCUCUUCUUUCUAAAGCCCUGGUGGUGUAUAGCCUUGAAGUUACUGAAGAAACAUCACUUACGUAGCAUUGUUCUCCUUUCAGGAAUUGUCAUCCAUCACUAUGAAAACCAACAUCCUGUGAGUUUGUUUCAAGCUUUCUGCCUCAUCACCCACUUCAGAUAAGCCUUGCUCCGAGCUCUCCUGGGGUUUGUCCUUGGGGAGACAUGGCCUUCCGCGGCUGGAAGUGGCUCCUCCUCUUGGGCAGGCAGAACACCUUUGCCAAGGCUUGGAGGAGUAGGAGGGGAGGCCCCUCUCUGCGCUGGAAGCGCUGCUGCCAUUGGAGCGCCAGCAAGUCUCUGGACCCCGAGGUGAGAGCGUUUUUGGAGGAGAACACGGAGGUCACCAGCAGCGGGCACCUCACGCCAGAGAUACGACUGCGCCUCCUCACCCCUCGCUGCCGGUUCUGGAGGGAAAAACCUGACCUGUGGCCUUACGGGGACCCGUUCUGGGCAAUUUACUGGCCAGGAGGCCAAGCCCUCUCCAGGUAUAUUUUAGAUAAUCCACGGGUUGUUAAAGGACGAUCGGUUUUGGAUCUUGGAAGUGGAUGUGGAGCAACAGCAAUAGCUGCUGUGAUGAGUGGUGCAUCACAAGUCCUUGCUAAUGACAUUGACCCUAUUGCAGGAAUGGCAAUGAUCUUGAACUGUGAACUGAACCACCUGAACCCCUUCCCCAUCACCAUUAAGAACAUCAUUAAUUCAGAGGCUGGCAACUGGGACCUGAUUGUUCUAGGAGAUAUGUUUUAUGAUGAACAACUUGCUGAUGGUCUGCAUCACUGGCUGAGGAAAUGCAUCAGGAUACAGCAAACUGAAGUGCUGAUUGGUGACCCUGGCAGGCAUCAGUUUUUAAGCCACAGCAUUCACAGUCAGUUGCACAAAGUUAUAGAAUAUUCACUUCCCGAGUAUACUAGACAAGAAAACAAUGGAUUAACAUCAAGUAUUGUCUGGAGUUACCAGCCCUCAAAUAGCUUAGAAAACUGUUGAAGCUGGUUUUGUAAUGAAUUUUGUCUCACUUGGUUGGCUUUUUUGUAAUUAUGUAAAAUGAAAGUGGGAAUUAAACAUGGAACGUAUCUGUUGAUGCAAAGUAGAUUACCUUCACUGUACUGAUUUCAGACAUACUCAGAGGCUUUCGCUCCAUUUGAGGUAAAAACUACAUGCAAACUAUAUUCAAAGGGCCCUGCGCUGAAGUGCAAAUCCAAAGACAAGUUACAUGUAAGAGUUUGCAUGCUUGAUGUUUUUCAUGUGUAUUCAUGUCUUGCUCUCUAACACUAUUGUGAAAUGUUUUGGACAUCCAGCAUACUGCUGUGGGGAGAAGGCGAUGGCUGAAAGAUUACUGUGCUGCUUUUGCAGACUUUUGCAGCUCAUUUACAGAGAAAAUUAUUGCUGUCCUUCAUAAAACUCACCACUAGAUUAUUAGCUCGUACUACGCUCAACUUAAAGUGCCUUGCUCUUUUUCUGGAUAUCUCUUCUGAACGUCAAAGUAACUAAUCUGAAUCUUCCCCCUUCCUCUCUAUAAUAAAAAUUCACUCUUCCUUGAA